CAGGCACAUCUCUUUACAUUGACUGUACCCAUAAGGAAGUAUUUGUUUUCCAAUGCUUACACUGCCAGGCAAAAUGAGCCAGUUCCCAAGGCCAGUUAUAUCUGAACACAACAGCUGCCUAUAACCUGCCUUUUUUAUCACUUUGCUCCUGACAUCCACAGAAGUGAGUAGGAACUUCAUGCUCCAGAAUUAAUUUGACCUAGUGCAUGCAAACACACAGACACACACACACACCAACAAGCUAGAGUUCAUGGGUUUUCGCCAUGGCCUCAGAAGCAGUGAAAGUGAUUGUGCGUUGCCGCCCUUUGAAUGAACGUGAAAAACAGCUUGGCUGCAAGGUAGUAAUUAAUAUGGACAGUGCCCGUGGUCAGUGCUUCAUCCAGAAUCCUGCAGCUGAAGAUGAUCCUCCCAAACAAUUUACUUUUGAUGGGGCAUAUUACCUGAACCACAAUACGGAACAGAUCUACAAUGAAAUUGCCUACCCGGUGAUAGAGGGUGUUACAGAAGGCUAUAAUGGGACCAUUUUUGCCUAUGGGCAGACAGGCAGUGGGAAAUCCUUUACCAUGCAAGGGAUUCUGGACCCACCUUCCCAGAAGGGUAUCAUUCCCAGAGCCUUUGAACAUUUGUUUGAGAGCGUGCAGUGUGCAGAAAACACCAAGUUUUUGGUGAGAGCCUCUUACCUGGAGAUCUAUAAUGAAGAAAUCAGAGACCUCCUGGGUCCAAACACCAAGCAGAAACUGGAGCUGAAAGAGCAUCCAGAAAAAGGGGUGUAUGUGAAGGGUCUUUCACAGCACACAGUACAUAGUAUCACCCAGUGCGAGCGCAUCAUGGAGACAGGCUGGAAAAAUCGUGCAGUGGGCUAUACCUUGAUGAACAAGGACUCCUCCCGUUCCCAUUCUAUCUUCACCAUCAAUAUGGAAAUCUACGUUGUAGAUGAGAGAGGUCAAGAUCAUCUGAGGGCUUCAAAGCUCAAUCUGGUAGACCUUGCUGGGAGUGAGAGGCAGUCCAAAACUGGAGCUGUUGGUGAGCGCCUCAAAGAGGCCACCAAAAUCAACCUGUCUCUCUCAGCACUUGGCAAUGUGAUCUCAGCCCUGGCAGAUGGAAGAUGUAGGCAUGUCCCUUACCGAGACUCCAAACUGACACGGGUGCUGCAGGACUCUCUUGGAGGUAACACCAAGACACUUAUGGUGGCAUGCUUGUCUCCUGCUGACAACAAUUAUGAUGAGACUCUUAGCAGUUUGCGCUAUGCCCACCGAGCCAAGAAUAUCCGCAACAAGCCUCGCAUCAAUGAGGACCCUAAAGAUGCUCUCCUGAGGGAGUACCAGGAGGAGAUCAAGCAUUUGAAAGCUAUUUUGGCUCAGCAGAUGAACCUGAAUAACUUACAAGUGGAAUGUCCUUACUUGUUACCUCCUGAGGCUGUUCAACCUGAGGACAAGCUAGAAGUUGCUCCUGAGUUCCAGCCAGAUGUUGAGAAAGAGAAGCAACUAAUCCGAGAAGAAUAUGAGGAGAAGCUGGCUCAGCUGAAGGCAGAAUAUGAAGCUGAACAAGAGUCUCGUUUUCGGCUCGAGGAAGAUAUCAGUGCCUUGAGAAAUGCUUAUGAUCUGAAGUUCCACACUUUGGAAGAAAGUGUCAGGAAAGAAGUGGGUACAAGUGGAACAGAAAUGGCAGAGUCAGCUGAAACUCUUUCUGACCAAGCUCCUUCACCCCUCAUCCCUGCUGCAGAUACUGAAUUAUUAGCUAAGGAGUGCAAUAUAGAGGAGUCACCUUCUCCUCCAGUGGACCAGCAAAUGAGGAAAAUUUUCCGACCAGACACACCUGGGACUGAUGUAAUUGAAGACGUUCUUAUACCUAUGAACCAGCAGGAAGUACUUGCAAGACUGCAGAUGCUAGAGCAACAGGUUGUUGGAGGAGAACAGGCCAAGAACAAAGAUCUAAAGGAAAAGCAUACACGUCGAAAGAAAAUUGCAGAUGAACGGAAGCAGCAGUUGCUGGAAGCUCUGCAGAAAUCAGAUGAGGACAGCAGUGACUGGGUCCUACUCAAUGUCUAUGAUUCUAUCCAGGAGGAAGUGCGAGCCAAAAGUAGAUUGCUGGAAAAGAUAAAGGAAAAGCUGCGGGCAGCUGAGACUGAAAUCAAAGAUCUACAAUCAGAGUUUGAACUGGAAAGGAUUGAUUAUCUGGCUACUAUCCGCCGCCAGGAGCGAGAACUCCUGCUCUUCCAGCAGCUCCUGGACCAAGUGCAGCCUCUCAUACGAAGGGACUGCAGUUAUAGCAAUUUUGAUAAAAUCAAGAGGGAGUCCACCUGGGAUGAGGAAUCAAGCUGCUGGAAAAUCCCAGACCCUGUUACUCAGAAGACCAGCCUCCCUGCAGCAGUUUCAUCGUUAUCACUGACUAAGGUGGGCAAGAAGAAUUCAUCGGCAGAGAAUGGGGAGACGGUGACAGUGCCAGAAGAAGACCGCUACAAGAUGAUGCUGAGUAAGAGUGACAGUGAAAAUAUUGCCAGUAAUUACUUCCGCUCAAAACGAGCCAGCCAGAUUCUCAAUGCUGACCCCAUGAAGAGUCUAGUUUCCCACAACUCACCUCCUUUACUGAACAACAGCACUUCCAUGCUGUCUUCCAGCCUGAUAUCUAUUCCUUCUGCCCAAACAGUGGAGAUGCCCCAGCCACGCCCCUUCCGCCUGGAAUCUCUGGACUUCUCCUCCCCUUCAGCCAGGACAAAACGCAAGAAAAGCAGGAACAACCUGAAUGGUGACCCCCUCUGACUGAUGGAGCUGUUGUCUGCCUGCUGUUCUCUCUGGCCAAUAACUAGCUCUCCUUCGCCGGCAUCCUGUGGGUGGCCAUGGCUGAAGUUCCAAGAACCCAGGGCUUUUCUUUCCCAUUUGGGAAGAGUGAAAGCAAUUAAAAGGUGCUUCCUAAAGACCAUUCGUCUGAUCAGCUUUCCAUGUUCAAGUUGGGAUUGGCACCUCAUAUCGCAACCCAUUACUUUACUAUUUUGUACUUGCAUGCUAGUGCUUCCUCUCCAAAUCACUGCUCUACCCAGCAACAGGGAGGGAAAUAGUCCCAGAAGACAUGGAGUAGAAGUUCUUGGCCAUAAGCUUCUCUCCUCCCCAUCACACCGCCUCCUGCAUUUCCCUUUUGUCAGAAGUCCCUGGAAGCUGCAAGAUAGCUGGAUACAUCAUUGGCUUACCUGCUCACUUUGAUCCUGAUUCUGCCAUCCUUUUGGAAUUCCCGGGAAGAGUGAGAGGACAGACCAGUUGCUGCCUCAGCUUAAAUGGAAGGCUGGGGCUCUCAAGAAGAGAAGACUUCUUGAGUAGAUUGGGAACUCAGCUUAAAAGAUGGAUGGAACUAAAGCUGUUUAAUUCAGGUUGUGGGUGAAGAGUGAAUGGCAAAAUAUAAGUGCACUGUUGAUCUAGGGCGGAGACGAGAUAAGAAUGAGUGUCCAGGAAUUACUGUCCCAAGUCAGUUGCAUGAAAAAGUGGAAGGACAGGAGAAGAUGGCUCUUGUUGUCCUUCAGCAGAGGUUUUUGUUCUUCCUGUUCUUUCUGGCACCUAUUACUGAUUCUGCUUCAUUCGUGGCUCUUACCUGAGGGAAGAAAUAAAUGGGAGAGAGAGGACUUGGACUUUACCUAACAAUCCUUUCCCAAAUCAUCCUACUCAGAACUUUCCAUAAAGCAUUACACGUCUCAUUGGGGUUUUUUUGCCUUUGGCACUUGGGUACCAGAGUGCAUUCUUUUUUUUUUUUUAAUGAAAGCCUUAAUGUAGCCAUCCUGAACCCUCCAAAUACUGUUUUCCAUGUUUCUUCUGUAACCUGAGAUCACUUCAGUCUGGAAUCUGCUACUGCCUUCUUCCUCGCUGUAGAAAGAAAGAAAAAACCCUCUAGUAACAGCAGCACUACUGCCACGUCUCAGCCACCGCUUUCUUCUCAGUCGACCAGAGGAAGCUGGAAAAGCCAGCCUGUUUCAAGUUGCAUAGCCAGCAGCAAAACACAAGCUUCUGAUUUGCACAACAGUUCAC